AUGCUCCGUCGACCAGAGCACUUGAGGGUUGAAGAAUUCGUUGACCUCAUCCGUACCAAGUAUCUCUCUUCGGAAGCUGGAGCCAUUCUUGUAGACCUCGUCGAAAAGAUCCAGUACUUGACUUUGGAUGUCACCAGCGGCCUCGCUUUCGGGAAGACAUUUGGCAUGCUACAGAAAAACUCGGAUGUUGAUGACUACCGUAUCUCAGACCUAGGGAGGGGGGUCUGGCCGCUGGGAAUACUGCCCUUGCAUUAG